UUAUUUUUCUUUAUCAGAAACCCAUAGCACCUUUUUCUACAAAAUUACAUUGCCACUUAAAAAAUGUUUGAUACCACUACUUUUUUUUUGUUCCUUAUUUCUUUUUCCAUUUUUAGGUUAACAUCAGAAAUGUUUGUUCUGCUCUUCCGUAAUUUACUGUAGUCCUCUUUUUCCUUUAUUUUGCAGCAUCUUAAAAGUCUUUCUUGCACGUCAUUGAAUAGAGCCUAUUGUGGAUGACGUGGCACUUUUCUCUUCAACUCUGAAACCUUGAUGGCUUUGCUUUUUCUUCUAGGUUUAAUCAAGGCGAAGAAGUUGCUUGAGUACCCAGCAUAUCAAUCACUUGAUAAGUGGGUGAUGAUGAUCAGAGUAAUUCCACAAGCUACCUAUAAAAAUUAUUUCUGUAUAUGAGAUGGGAAAUAAGACCAAGAUUGGAAAAUGUCCUUUAAGAACAAAACAAACUGGAUACAUUCUAAAAUCAACACAAAAUACUUGUAUCAGGGGUGAAAAACGUUUGCAAAAGAAGAGAAUUGGUUCAGAAACUUCACUGGCAAAAGAUGAAAAGACUAGUAUGACUUUUUCACCCACUAAGGAUUUAUGCAAGCAGUAUGCAGAUAAAGACUGCCUUCACAUCCAGAAAGAAAUUUCACCUGCAACCCCUAAUAUACAGAAGACUAGAAACACCAUAAAUACACCUGUAGUACCUAAACAGAAGCCUUGUAAAAAAUAUGUCACAAGUGAAAAUGUGAAGAGUAGUUUGGUGUGUCUAACACAAGACCAACUACAGCAGAUUUUGAUGACUGUAAACCAAGGAAAUGGAUCUAUUUCCCUGACCACAAAUGGAAAGGUGGAGGAAACAAGUCAAGACAGUCUACAUUUAAACAGUAUUCCUAAUCAGCCAAAGGACGAGAACAUUAUGGUACUACUUGAAAAAACUGAGGCUGUUUCAUAUGACCAAGAUGAAAAUAAAUCUGUUUUAAAUAAAAAUCAGGAGACAUCUAAGCAGUAUGAACAGAAAAUUGCCAUAGAGAAUGUAUGGAAACCAGCUGACAUAUUCAGUACUCUGGGGGAAAGAGAACGUGAUAGAAGUUUGUUGGAAGCAAAAAAAGCCCAGUGGCGGAAAGAGCUUGAUGAACAGGUUGCUUUAAAGAAGAAAGAAAAAGAAGCUUCUGAAAAAUGGAAUAAUCCUUGGAAAACAUCUGAAAGUGAUAAAGUAGCAUGGGAAAAACUUCAAAUUAUUGACCAAUCUAAGACUACUGCUAGUGUUUCCAGCAUUCUAUCACAGUCUCCCAGUCAGGUAACGGUGGUCCAGGCUGAUGGGCACUCACUGUCUAGAGCUAGUCAGAUUUUAGAGGAAGCAAUACUGCCAGAGCACCCUUUCAGUGCUGUCAAACAAGCACAGCAGAGAAAAUGGAUUGAAGAGUUGAACAAGCAAAUAGAAGAUGACCGGCAAAGAAAAAUGGAUGAAAAAAUUAUAUCUUCAAAGGGUGAGGAACAUGACAGAUGGGCAAUGCAUUUUGAUUCUUUAAAGAGCUAUCCUGGUUCUCGGUCUCAACUCUCCUGUCGGUCAACACACAAACAACCAGAGUACUUCUGUGUCUCUCCGGACACUCAGGAGCUGGCUGAUAUCAGCAGUGUUUACACGCCUACAGCUGGAAGCCAGGUUGAACCUUCAGAAGAGGAGCAUAUAGCAAAACCUGUUGGAGAUAUGGCUGUGGCAAACAGUCAGAAAACAAACUUUCUCCGUUCUAUGACUGCGCUUUUGGACCCAGCUCAGAUUGAAGAACGAGACAGGCGACGACAAAAACAGUUAGAACAUCAGAAAGCCAUCACUGCUCAGGUAGAAGAGAAGCGCAGGAUGAAGCAGAUGGAAGAAGAACAAAGAAAGAAGGAAGAACAGGAAGAGGAGCUUCGCCUGGCGCGGGAACGAGAAGAGAUGCAGAAACAGUAUGAAGAAGACAUACUUAAGCAAAAACAAAAAGAAGAAAUCAUAACUCUCAAGACAAAUGAACUGUUCCAGACGAUGCAGAGAGCACAGGAGCUGGCACAGAGACUAAAACAAGAACAGAGAAUCCGAGAAUUGGCUCAAAAGGGACAUGACACUUCUAAAUUAAUUAAAAAUCUUGGCGUCGAUACAGUACAAGUGGAUUAUAAUGCAUCUACUAACAAUACUUCAAAUUCAAGACAUGACUUGAAUGAAAUCAGUGCUAAAAUGAAUACAUGUAUCAAGUCUGUGAAUUCUCCUAAGAAGGAUACUGGUGUGCAAACAGAUGACUUAAAUACUAGAAUAUUCACCAGUGCAGAAUCACAUUGUGGAUCAGUAAUAAAGAGGGAAGUUAUAAAUUGUUCAUCUCCCAAGAUUCCUGCAGAAUUUAAUGAACAGUUUAACACUAAGAAAAAUAAGCAAGAACUAGUAAGUCAGGAUAAAGGAGCCAACUUAGAAAAAGAAAACAGUUGGUACAAUGACCAGUGUAGUCAUAAUCAAUUCACAAGAACAGAGAAACAAACAAAACAUAUGAAGAAAUGUCCUAAAAGGCCUGACUGGAAUAUAAAUAAGCCACUCAAAAGGUAUAUUCCAGCAUCAGAAAAGUACCCUAAACAGCUUCAAAAGCAGAGAGAAGAAAAAAAAGUAAGAAGGCAAAUGGAACUGCUUUAUUUGGUAGAAAGAAAUAACCCUGGACACUUCUCUCAAAGUGGAGGCACUUGCCCAGAAGUCCUUCAUUCAUCUCAUCAAGAAACUGAGCCAAAGUUCAGGUGGCAUCUAGUCAAAAAGGAAGAAGAACAUUUCAAAGUUAAUUCAUUCAGCAAAGAAAGGUCUCUGUCACCACCAGUCCCUGCGGUGAAAAACAGAACGCAACAAACCCAGACAUUAAGAGAGAGUAAUUAUGAAAGAGAGACUCUUAUCUUAGAAGGCAGUGAAACGGGAUUAUCACCUAGGAUUCCUGAGCCAUCCCAUUUUAUCCCCUAUGUCCGAACCGAUGAGAUCUAUUACCUUGAUCCAGAUGCACCAUUGACUCGGCCUCUAUCCCAGGAUCCUCAGUACCAAAAUCUGUAUGACUGUGACCAAGAACGACGACAGCUAUUUGACUCUGACUAUGUCAGGGACCCACUUCUUAAUCCUAACUUUGUGAAAAACAGGGAUCGUCAGCAAGCAAUCCUGAAAGGACUAUCCGAGCUGAGACAGGGCCUUCUCCAGAAGCAGAGGGAGUUGGAAACGAAUCUUAUGCCUUUAGCUGCCAAUCAAGAAGAGAAUUUUAGUUCUUCGUUUUAAAUAUGGAAAAAUCAAAUCCUUUACAUUUGUCUCCCAGAUUAUAAAAUGUCCUUGUUGCUUCACUGUAUUUUUCAAAUAGCCUAGAUUUAUUUUUAAAUGCUUAUUUAUAACUUGUACAUUAUGUAAUAAAAUGCUGUGUGUAGAUAGAUAUAGAUAUAUUUUAACAAUAAAACAGACAUUUUUGUAAAAAUUUAGUAGUAAACAAAAUUUUUUUUCCUGCUGUCACAAUCUGGGUAAUUUAAGUCCUAUAAAAACACUUUCUACUUACCUUAACACAGUCUGGAGUUUCUGACCUAUUAACAGAUAACUUUUUUCCACACAUUUUAUAUGUAGCUUAUUAACUGAAAUACCACCUUAUGUAUUUUGCUCUAUAAAAAAAGGGUAGAAGAACUCUUCCAAGCUGUGAGUUGCCAAAGGAAAAUCUUAUUUAAUACAGCUCAACUUUUACCAAACCCAGAUUCAGUUUAGGCUUACAUGGUAAUUUCUUUUCUCAAAAUCCAGUUAUGACUUUUGUAAGAAUUGCAGUUUUUUCAAAAACAUUUACAAGUUUGCAUUAGUAAUAAUAGAGAGGCAGUUAUUGGCAAUAGAUGUGGGUUUAAAAUUUAUCUGCACUAGAUAAUUUAUCUGUGAAUUUAAAGUUAUUGUUAAGUGCUUACCACCUCAAAAAUAUACUUCUUUUCUAAGACUACCAAUUUAAAAAUCUAUAUCAAAGAGUUUGUUCCAAAUUGUCCAAUGCCUUUAAUAAACCUAUCUUUUGAAAUAUGAAAUUGAAUUUGGGUAAGUCAUGGGCUACACAAGCACUGAAAAUCAUAAUUAUAAAGUACUCUCAAAUAAAAGGUUGACUAAGUUUUUAGCAAUAGGCAAUUUUUACAUAGCUAACCCUAAAGAUAAAAAAUAAUGCUGCCUGGUAUAAAGGCCUAAGUCCUAUGUACAUAGUUUGUUAUCUAAAUGAAAACGCAUUGUUAGAUAAAUCCUGAGGUACUGAGCCAAAAUCCUGUAAAUAUUUAUUAACAUCACUGGCUUAUACCUGUGUAAAAACACUAUACAAAAGCUUAAAAUAAA